UAAUCUUGGCCAUUUGAAUAACAUGGUACGACUGGCCAGAUCAAAAGUUUUUUGCUCAACAAAGCUGGCAACACUGUGCUGCAGAAUCAACUCCAAUUAUAUUUUUAUUGAGCACGGGACAAUAACAAAACGCAUUACGACAACAACAAGUAACAAAAACAAAAGGCAGCGACAACAACAAUGUAUAAGUUACUCCGUGGCGUUGCAUGUUGUCAACAUGCCGCCAACAGCGGAGUUAACAUUAAUGGCAACCUGUCAAGGACACAGCAAAUUGGCCGCCGUCUGUUGAGCACGGCAACGGGACAUGCGGAUCCGGCGGAUGAGAAGGUGCUGAGUAAACGCAAAUUCCAGCCACAGGAUGCCAUUGAGCCAAAUGAGAAGCCGGCUGUCCAGUUGCCCGGCCACUCACGGGUGGUCAUCUGCGGAGGUGGCAUCACUGGCGCCUCGGUGGCCUAUCAUAUGGGGUUGCAGGGGUGGGGGAGCGAGACGUUGCUGAUUGAACAGGACGCCGUUGGCGGAGAUCUGCCGUGGAGCGCUUGCGGGCUGGCCGGACGCUUUGAGCCCAGUUAUACGGAGCUGAAGCUGUCGGAGUAUUCAAUUGACCUGAUUAAGCAGCUGACGCAACGAGGAUUGCCCACAGGCUGGCGUCAGGUGGGAAGUCUGAAUCUGGCGCGUAACUUUGAUCGCAUGACAUCGUUCCAUCGCAUGAAAUCCCAGGCGGUCGCCUGGGGCAUGAACUGUGAGAUUCUCACGCCGGAGCAGUGCCGGCAGCACUGUUCGCUCCUCUCGCUGGAGGGUAUCGAGGGAGGACUGUGGAUACCCGAGGAUGGCGUCUGUGAUCCGCACCUGGUGUGCAAGGCCUUCAUCGAGGAGGCGCGUCGCCUGGGCGUCCGCAUUGUGGAGCACUGUGCGGUCAAUAAGAUCCACAGUGCACACGGCAAGGUCGCUCGCGUGGAGACGACUGCCGGCGACGUGGACUGCGAGUACUUUGUCAAUUGCACCGGAUUCUGGGCCCGCGAGGUGGGCACUCUCUCCAAGCCGGUGGUGAAGGUGCCUCUCAAGGCCGUGGAGCAUCACUAUCUGCACACGAAGCCCAUUGACCAACUGGAUCCGAAUACGCCUUUCGUGCGCGACUUUGACGGACGGAUCUUCUUUCGGGAGUGCGAGGGUCACAUUCUGGCCGGAGGCUACGAGCGGGAGGCGAAGAUGGUCUACGAGGAUGGCAUCAUACCGCUGUCGCAGGAGGCACGUCAGUAUCCGCCGGACUGGGAUCACUUCCACGAGCUGCUCGAUGCGCUGCUGCACCGGGUUCCCUCGUUCCGUGAAGCUUCCCUGGAUCGUCUGACCAACUCGCUGCAGGUCUUCUCCCCGGACUGCAAGUGGAUAUUGGGAGAGGCGCCGGAGAUCCAAAACUACUAUGUGGCCGCUGGCAAUAAGACAAUGGGCGUGUCCGCCUCGGGUGGCAUUGGACGCGUCCUCACCGAUCUGAUUACCAAGGGCUCAACUUACUUGGAUCUGCACAUUUUGGACAUUAGUCGAUUCCUUGGCCUGCACAACAAUCGCAAAUUUCUGCGAGAUCGCUGCAAGGAGGCGCCGGGCAAACACUUUGAGAUUAACUAUCCCUUUGAGGAGUUCCAAACGGGACGCAAUCUGCGCAUGUCGCCCAUCUAUCCCCAGCUGAAGGAGGCGGGCGCAGUUUUUGGCCAAUCGAUGGGAUAUGAGCGACCCAAUUACUUUGAUUUGCAUGACAAACAAGAUGAGUUUGGUUUGCCGCGUUUUCGCAUUGCACAGACGCGGACAUUUGGGAAACCGCCGUGGUUCGAUCAUGUGGCCAGGGAGUAUCGCGCCUGUCGGGAGCGAAUCGGGAUUGCCGACUACAGUUCCUUUACCAAAUAUGAUUUUUGGUCGAAGGGCAAUGAGGUGAUUGAGCUGCUGCAAUAUCUGUGCUCCAAUGAUGUGGAUGUUGCCGUGGGUUCCAUUAUACACACGGGCAUGCAGAAUCCCAAUGGUGGCUAUGAGAACGAUUGCUCUCUGGCUCGACUCUCCGAACGGCAUUACAUGAUGAUUGCUCCAACUAUACAGCAGACGCGUUCCAUGUCCUGGAUACGCAAAAAUACGCCCAAUCAUUUGCGUUCCAAGGUCAAUGUGGCAGAUGUGACAUCGAUGUAUACGGCCAUCUGUAUAAUGGGUCCCUAUUCGCGUAUCCUGCUCUCCGAGCUCACCGACAAUGAUCUCACGCCCAAGAGCUUCCCCUUCUUCACGUACAAGGAACUCGAUGUCGGUCUGGCCGAUGGCAUACGUGUAUUGAAUAUCACGCAUACGGGAGAACUCGGCUAUGUUUUGUAUAUACCCAACGAAUUUGCGAUGCAUGUCUAUUCCAGGCUGCAUCAGGCGGGACAGAAGUACAACAUACAGCAUGCAGGCUAUUAUGCAACGCGUGCACUGCGCAUUGAGAAGUUCUAUGCCUUUUGGGGACAGGAUUUGGAUACGUUUACCACACCGCUGGAAUGUGGACGCAGUUGGCGUGUCAAGUUUAAUAAACAAACAGACUUUAUUGGACGCAGUGCGUUGCUGAAGCAGCGGGAGGAGGGAGUGAAGCGAAUGUAUGUGCAGCUGCUGUUGAAUGAUCACGAUCAUGAGGUGGACAUGUGGUGCUGGGGUGGUGAGCCAAUCUAUCGAGAUGGCGUCUAUGUGGGAAUGACAACGACAACGGGAUAUGGUUAUACGUUCGAGAAACAGGUCUGCUUGGGAUUUGUGCGCAAUUUUGAUGAGCAGGGCCAAGAGUUGGCCGUGAGCAACGAGUACGUGCUGUCCGGGCACUAUGAGGUGGAGGUGGCCGGAGUUAGAUUCGAGGCGAAGGUUAAUCUGCAUUCGCCCAACCUGCCCACCAAGUUCCCGGAUCGCGAACGCGAAGCCUACCAUGCGACACGCGACAAACCCGACCAGGCAGAUCUGCUCUCGUUUAGCACCACAAAUGUGACAAUGACGCGACAUUGAUCCAUACAGCCAAGACAAAAUGUUCGUAUUGGUUGUGCAAAAACAAAAUUCAUUAAUUUCAUUUGUUUUCAUUUCGUUGUCGUUGAAUAUUUCUGUAUGUCUUGAGUCUCAAUUGCAAUGCGAUAUUAGUUUAAUGACAUUAUAUAUAAAAUCUAUAAAGAUCAGCGAAUGAGCGAGUGAGAUGGUCAGAUAAAAAA